AUGGCGAGGGUCGUACUGCCGCACCUCCGCGUCCUUCUCGCGGGGAUCUUCCUGGCGUGGACCCUGACGGUCCGAGCGAACAGAGGGGCGACGGCGCCCAACCAAGAGCGGGACAAAGAGAGCGACGCGGAGGCGCUGUGUGAGGUGAAAGCCGUCACCGUCUCUACCCUGCCCGUGCUCCGGGAGAACGAGUUCAGCUUCACCGGCGGAGCCUCGGGGAGCGUGGCCGGUGGAUGGGCUGCUGCCGGAGCAGGUGUUGGCGGAGGAGGAACUGGUGGUGGUGGAGGAGGAGGAGCAGCAGCAGGAGGGGGGGAAUCCCGACUACUGUUAUUCGUUAGAACAGAUCUACCUGGACAAAUUUCCGUAAUGGAUGAUCUUGACAACACAGCUCUCCCUUACUUCACCCUGGAGAUGUCAGGUACAGGGGAAGAAAUUUCCCAGGUGCACUGGAAGCAGCAGUGGUUGGAAAAUGGGACUCUGUACUUCCAUGUGUCCAUGACCGAGUCUGAGAUUCUAGCCCAGACAACACGAGCCACGGCCCGGGAGCCGGCUCACGGCCUGCACGAACACAUGCUGCACAUCUCGGUGAUGGGAGGCCUCAUCGCCCUCCUCCUUCUAGUUCUCCUCUUCACCCUCGUCCUGUACACCCGCCACCGAUGGUGCAAGCGCCGACGCAUCCCCCAGAAGAGUGCCAGCACCGAGGCCACCCACGAGAUCCACUACAUUCCCUCUGUUCUGCUCGGGCCACAGGGCCGCGACAGCUACCGGGGCUCCCGGGGCACACACCAGCAUGGGAACUCGGUCAUCGGCAUGCCCAUUCGGGAAACCCCCAUUCUCGACGAUUACGACUGCGACGAGGAGGACACAGGUGGACACUCGCUCAACUCCACGCCCAACCAGCUCCACACCAAGCUGUGCGAUGGGAAGGCCCAGGAGGACUAUGGCGUCAACAUUGGCAUCGGAGGGCACGCGGGCAUCCUGUGCAAGGACAACGACAUUAAGCACCAUUUUGAAAAACGAGCCAUUGACCCAAACACGGAGUCAGUAGAAGAUUUGAUGCAGAGGUUCCAGGACAGUUUCCGUGUUCCCAACACGCCAACAGACAUGUCUCACUACCAGCAUGUCAUUCACAGCUCAUCCACGGGCCGCCGGAGGGUCCCCAGCCACACCAGAGCACCUGGAGGUGUGUUUGGUCCUCAAGGGGAGUCGGGCUCAGAACCUGAAGAUGACAGCCAAAUGAAGUUCUACACAGAGCAGCACAGAGGGCGAAGGCGCAGCAAAGGCCACCCACACAGUCCUCUGAAUAAGGUCACUCUGACGUUGAUUACCAUCAGCACAUGUGCAAUUGCCAUUGUCUAUGCGACGCAGGAUUCCUGCCCCCUCACCGUCAAGGUCACCCUCCAUGUGCCGGAGCAUUUUGUUGCAGAUGGAAGUAGUUUUGUGGUGAGCAUGGGCAGCUCCCUGGAUGUUACUAAUUGGCUCAACCCAGCCAAGCUAACGCUGUACUAUCAGACCAACUCUUCUACACAGUGGGUCCUGGACUACUGUGGCCAGAGGACCACAGAGCCCUGCGAGCAGAUUUGUGAUCAGGACACAGGAGAGUGCAGCUGUCACGAGGGUUAUUCUCCUGAUCCUGUCCAUAAACACCUCUGUGUUCGCAGCGACUGGGGUCGGAACGAAGGUCCUUGGCCAUAUGCUAAUCUGGAGAAAGGCUAUGACCUAGUUACAGGGGAGCAGGCCCCCGAGAGGAUCUUCAGAUCAUUCUACAGUCUGGGCCAAGGCUUGUGGCUGCCAGUCAGCAAGAGCUUCGUGGUGCCACCAGUGGAACUGUCAAUCAACCCCAUCGCCAGCUGCAAGACAGAUGUGCUGGUUACUGAAGAUCCGGGAGAGGUCAGAGAGGAGGCCAUGAUGUCUACUUACUUUGAGACAGUGGAGGACCUUCUGGCAUCUUUUGGGCCGGUCCGAGACUGCUCCAAAGAUAAUGGCGGUUGCAAGAAGAACUUUAAGUGUGUGACCGACAGACAGCUCGAAUCAUCCGGCUGCAUGUGUCCUGAGGGGCUGAGGCCAAUGAAGGAUGGCUCAGGUUGCUAUGACUACUCUCGGGGCAUUGACUGCACGGAUGGCUUCAAUGGAGGCUGUGAACAGCUGUGUCUCCAGCAGGUCGUGCCCCUCAAAGAUGACCCCGGUUCCAGCAACGUACUCAUGCUUUGUGGGUGUGUGCAGGAGUACAAACUGGCAGGGGAUGGGCGCUCUUGCCUUUUGCUGUCAGACAACUGUGAGGGACCCAAAUGCCCAAGGCAGGAUGUUCACUUCAAUGACACCCUGUUCGGUGAGAUGCUCCAUGGAUACGACAACAAAACCAAGCAAGUCAACUUGGGACAGAUAUUCCAGAUGACCUUCCGGGACAACAACUUCAUCAAGGACUUUCCCCAGCUAGCCGAUGGUCUCAUGGUCAUCCCCUUACCAGUAGAGGAACAAUGCCGGGGGGUUUUGUCUGAGCCACUGCCCAACCUGCAACUCCUCACAGGGGAUGCCCAAUUCAGUGAGGCCGGGGGCUAUCCCAUGGUUCAGCAGUGGAGAGUGCGCAGCAAUCUGUACAAAGUCAAGCUCAGCUCCAUCACCUUAUCGACAGGCUUUUCUAAGGUGCUGAAGACACUGUCGGCAGAGAGCACACGUGAGGAGCUGCUGGCUUUUCUCCAGCAAUAUGGCAGCCACUAUGUAUCUGAAGCCCUGUAUGGUUCUGAGCUCAGCUGCAGCAUCUAUUUCCCCAGCAAGAAGGCCCAGCAGCAGCUCUGGCUACAGUACCAGAAAGAGGCAACAGACCAGGGGGUUGGUGGAGGUGGGCGGCGUGAGCUGAAGUCGGUUCCCUUCAUCAGCUACCUGUCGGCACUCCAGAAGAGCCAGCUGUUGUCUGACGACAUGGUGAAUGGCGUGGAGAUCCGCUGCGAGGAGAAAGGCAGCUGUCCAGCUGGCUGCCACCUGUGCCAUCACCAGGCCGUGAUGGGAGGAGUGUCAGGAAGAGGCCGCACUGGUAACAGCAGGAGUGGAGAGCAGCCUUCCCCCAUCCCCGUGCUAUUGGAAGUCAGCCGCGUGGUGCCCCUCUAUAGCCUGGUCCAAGACAACGUCACCAAAGAGGCCUUCAAGAGCGCCACAAUGAGCUCAUACUGGUGUGCUGGAAAGGGCGAUGUCAUUGAUAACUGGUGUCGCUGUGACCUGAGUGCCUUCAGCAAAGACGGCCUGCCUAACUGCAGUCCCCUCAGGCAGCCAACUGUACGUCUCGCACCUUACCUGGAGCCCUCAAGCACAAUGGUGGCCUUGGAGUGGAUAGAUGUGGAGCCUCUGAUUGGCUGCAAAGUUUCUGACUACAUCAUCCAGCACAAACGAAUUGAGGAUCCCUCGGAGGCAGAGGUCUACACAGGUGAAGUUCUGAGCUUAGUGGAUGAUCUGUUUUCUGGUUUGGGUUCAUCCUGUGUUGUUGCUGGGAAGAGGACCGGAGACCAUCCUCACUCAGUGCUAUACUCAGUGGUCUUUAAGUGCCUGGAAUCUGACAGCCUGUACAAGUUUACCCUCCGUGCAGUGGAUAGCCGAGGCAGCUCCUCUGAGUCGAGCUUCGUCUCAGUCAGAACAUCCUGUCCGAUGGUGGAUGACAGCCGCGCUGAAGAGAUAGCAGACAAGGUGUACAACUUGUAUAACGGCUACACCAGCGGCAAAGAGCAGCAGAUGGCCUACAACACUCUGAUGGAGAUCCCUCCUCCGCUGCUAUACAGAGUCCAGCACCACUACAAUUCCCACUAUGAGAAGUUUGGAGAUUUUGUGUGGCGGAGUGAGGAUGAGCUCGGCCCCAGAAAAGUCAACCUGAUACUACAUAGGGGGGAAAGGAUUAGCCACUACUGCCGAUCCCUCCUGCGCAGCACCCACAUCCAGAGCCGCACCGACACCAUGGCGUACGUCUACUGCCGAAGUGAAGAGGGUCGACCUCCAAGUAAUACGUGGCACGGUUCUUUACAUGAAAGUCGCACCGCCUGCAUUGAAAAGCUCAUUUCUGUGCAGCGUAACACAUACAGCAACACGAAACUCCGAUGAGACAGGAGUCUGGAGGCGACGGUGCGUUUAUUUUUAUUUAUUUUUCUGCAAAAUGACAUCAGCGAUUGAUGAUGAACCUUGUCACCCACUCUGCAGCAAGUGUCUCUCAAGUGACUGGUCGAUUUUGAAAACCAGGAGAAACAAAAAAAAUAACUCUGACUUCACUGGACAUUGUGUUAAGGCCACCAAAAACAUAUUUUUGUGUGGCCUACUUUUAUUGUAGUCCAGGAAGGGAAAAAAAACUGGAGCAAAAUGCCAGAGAUCGCACAUAUCACUGAGAAACUGCAGUGUGUAAAUGUAAAAUAUAACUCGGCCAAGAGAAAAACUGGUUGGGUUUAAAUACUUUGAAUGUAAUAUUUUAGUUCCCUUUUGGUGUUUACCUGGAACACUUAAAAGAAAUAAAAAAAUAUAAAAUAAAUAGUAUAACUUAUUUGCCUUUACUACAUUCCUUUGAAAGGAAAAAAUGACAAGUGUUAAAAGCCAUUUGAAAAUCACUCCCUUGUUUUCAAGUUCCCAUUGUUAAAAAAAAAUAAAGCUUUUUUCAUCAAUUAAAUAAUUAUGUGAAGAUGUCUGUAUUACAUCUGAUGGAUACAAUUCAAAUAGCAGGGCUUUGUGUGGUAACAUGGUUGAAUAAUAGACUAUCGGCCUGUUGAAAUUAUGCAAAGACAGAGUGGGUGGUUUUCAUUCAUAGAUUUUUAAAACUUAUUUUUAGGAAUCCUUUUGCCAUCAUCAUCUCUUUUUGAAUCUACAAUACCCACAAUGAAUGCUAUGAAAAAUCCACUGAUUUCAAAGACAUGUGUUUCUCAGACAAUAAAUGGACCUGAAAACGCUAAAAUAUGUAUCCAAGACAAAAGAAUACAAUGCUAUGGCCCCACCGAAGUCUAUUCAGUAAACGCUUUACAUAACUUGUGAGGUUUUGGUAUACGAUGUUGAAAAAAAACACACAUUAUAUUGCUAGAUUUAAUGAUUUCUGCAAGAUUUAUGUUAUUCAUUGAUAAGUUACAACUUAUCAGUAGAAGUGGAACUUAUGCCAUCAUGGGAAAAAAAAGAUAAUAUCUGGCUUAAUACACAGAGGAUCAGUAUUAGACAAGACAUUACAGUCACAAUAUGGUAAUAAGGUAAUUCACAAGGAGAAUAUGAUGUUUGCUAAUAUAUGUGCAUUCAUAUAAAAUAUAAUAGGAAUUAUGGUAUAAUAAUUUUCCAGGUGGUCGAACAGUUUGUGUUGAACCACCUGUGAAGUUGUGAGGUACUGUACACUGAAUGGUGUAUCAGUGAUUAUAGGGAUCAUCCGUGGUCCUUUUAAUCCUCUUAUUUUUCAGUUCAAUGUCAUAUCUUCAAAACCAUGAAUAUUGUUUUCAUGAAGAUAAACAAUGCCUUUUUUCAAUAUUUACAUCUCAUGUUAUUUAAAUUGUAAAAAACUAAUUCAAUAAAUUAUUAUAUUGUACAUUUUAAAUUGUAAAAAAAAGUAUUAUUAUGUGAGUUUGUUUGUCUUUUCUGAAGAAUGUGUAAUA